GCUUAAGAUUUGAAGCGAGUUGUUCGAGGAAGCUUCUUGUGUUGUCGUUUGUAAAAAGUGAUUAUUUGUAGUAAAAAAGUCGCUAAAAAGUAGGAAACACUCCGUUAUUUUCGAUGCCUUCUUCCAAGUUAAAUGCUCAGGAAGUUGAUGCCUACUCUGAUUCUGGAUCUACUAUUUCUCUUGCCAGCUGUGGUUCAGGGGGCAGUGGAUUGACUCCCAAACCUCCUUUAGAUGCUACUUCAAGGUCAAGGUCAGUCAAAGGAAGGCGCUCCAAGGUGACACAGCCACCAUCUCCUUAUGCUUCACGUCAAGUCACAGCAAAGAGACAUGAAGCUGUUAACUCAACGACAAGAAACCUCUGGCUCACGUCUAUGAAGAAYGGCACUGGAGCCCUGAGCACCAAUAACACAGCUAUGAACACCUGGGCAGGUCCCAGGCCCUCAUAUGCGAAGAAACGAAGACCAGGAUCAAGAACCAGAAACUUUAGUGAUGUUGUUGAGUUUUCCAAAACCAAGUCUCAUUCAAGGAGCGCAUCUCUUUCCAACACUGAACCCCAUGUUUUUGGAGGAGGACCGGCUUUGAAACCAGCAGAAGAUUAUUAUGAUGAAAUAAUAGGACUGAAAAAAAUUAUUAAUUCGCUAAAAGAAGAUAACAAUCUUCUCAGCACUAAGUUACAUCGGGUAGAGGAAGAAAACAUCAUCAAGGACAGAAAGAUGUAUGAUUUACUGAACUCUAGAAAACAACCAGAGGAUCUUAGAAGAACGCUAACAGACAAAAGAGGAGACACAAGUGCUAUUGUCAAUAGUUUGAAACAGAAGCUUCAUGGUGUUGAACGAACAGUGAAAGAGAAAGAGGCAGAGCUCAGCAACCUAAGAAGAGAGCUAAAGAUGACAGAUAUCGAGGAGCUUCGAAUUCAAUCAGAAACAUAUUACCAAGAGGUACAACGGCUACAGCUGGCCAUGUUACAGAUGCAACAAGAACGAAUUAACUACACAAGUAGUAUGACAGAUUUAAACAUAUCAGAUGAGCUGGCUUCUGCCAGAGGCAAGAGGCCGAUGAGUGCGUCACAACACAGACUUCUAAAAGAUAUAGAAAUGUUAAAAGCAGAGAACAAAAGCUUGAAGAAAGAGUUAAUAUCAGCUGUGGAAAACCAGUCAAAAAAAAGCAGCAGACAGUCACUAAAUGUUGAUUAUGCUGACAUGUCAAGAGCUCAACUACUGCACGCCAUCCAUGAGUUAGAAAUGAAACUUGAUGAACCUAGAGAUAGAAUGAAAGAUUCUGCAAGAGAAAAGGAUGAGAAGGAUGAGAAAAAAGGAUCUAAGAAGAGAAAAUCACAAGAAUCUGAAGGAAAGCUUGGUAGUUUGGAAGAAACUCAAGCUGAAAUGACUGAAGAAAGAGAUAAACUUCGCCAAAUGAUAGAACGACUGAAAGAAGACAGAACACAUUAUCGCAAUGUUGCUGAUGAUUUACGGAAGCAACUGAAAGCAAAAGAAGAAGAAGUAGAGGACCUUCAUCAUAGAUUAUCACAGACAACACCUGGAACAACUGAUGCUGGUGGUCCAACUACAGUCAGUACAGUCAGCGGUACAGUGAUGAGAAGAAAGUCUAGCACUACAUCUACAGCAAGUCAAUCUAGUGGCAGACGAAAACCAGUCUCAGCUCGAGAACGAGAUUUACAAAUGGAGAAGGAGUUUGAGGAAUUCAAGCAACGCCAUGCUGCAAAGGUUCUACAGAAACAGUGGAGAUCUUAUCAGGGAAAGAAACAGGAUCAACUGACAAAGGAACAAGAAAAACUACAACAAGAAGAAGCAGCAAAAACUUUACAGAGAGAAUGGAAAAAACAUUUAAAGCUAAAAGAGAGAGCAUCGCAAGAUGAGGUAAUAACAGAUAUCCAAGCAGCAUUCCGUGGUCAUCUGGCCCGUAAAGACAGAUUAGACAGAUUCCACUCAGAUUCUAUGGAUUCUGAUGACGCCAUCAUCAAUGUCCAAUCAGCAAUGAGAGGACACUUGACGAGAUCAAGAAACCGAGAGGAGCCUGAGGAUGAGUGGCCAGGUUACAAAGCACCCGAAAGGAUCAACCAUGAGGCUUCAGACAAUGCAGAUGAUGAUGAGGAUGAUAUUGUGAUUAGAAGAUCUUCGUCUUACAACAAAUCUCCUUUCUCAUCCAAGAAACGAUCUAAAUUUACAGCUUAUUCAGCAUCUCCCAGUCUCUCUCUCCCACAACCAACCCCUCGCACCAAAUCCCCACCACACCCUGCACCUCGCACACUUAAAACACCGGAUAGCACCCCACCAUCACCUGCACCCAGACACAAGGGGAGAACUGCAGAGGUUAGACCUCCAGAGUCUGUAUCAGACAACAGUGUUGACAGUGAUGAUGAUAAUGUUGUCAUUGGAGGCUCGUCUCUUGCACGUAAGGCACAAUCUCAAUCAAUGGCAUCAAGCCAAACUAAACAAAUCAAUAAACAAAACACUCGACCAGAGGACAAACCAGAAACCAAAGAAGAACCAGUAGAGUCCAGUUCUUGUAUCCAAUCAAAAAUGGACCAGUCACGUGAGCAAGUCUUAAGCGAAACAGACUCAGAUUCUGAUAACGAAUUGGUCGUGUUUGGUAAGGCAGCGGCAAGGAAAGAGACUAAAGAGUCAAGAAAAGACAAACGAGAUAAAUACCACCUCAAGCUUCCAGAGCAGCAAGAAGAGAAAGACAAAAGUGGUUUAUCCAAUGAAAUCACUGAAAGUGCCUUAACCAAUGAGAAGCCAUCAAUUGCUUUGCCCAAUAAGAUUGCAGAAAGUUCUUUAACCAAUGAGAAGUCAUCUAUCACUUUAUCCAAUGAAAUGGCUGAAAAAUCUUUAACCAAUGGGAAGCCAUCUAUCACUUUAUCCAAUGAAAUGGCUGAAAGUUCUUCGACCAAUGACAAGCCAUUGAUUCCUUCAACCAAUGACAACAUGUCAAAAACUUCAGGUGCAUUAGCCAGAAAAAACACACCAACUUUAUCGUUAGCCAAUAGGAAUCAACCAAACGCACCAGGAUUAAUAAGAAACAAAUUCUUUAGUGGAAUCGGCUUUUCCAAGACAGAUAAAAAUACAUCAAAACAGAAAAUUCCGGAAAGUAAACUCCUUGAUAAUAAUAAUAGUAAUAAAGAAAACAUUAAUGAAACGACAAAGAAGAAAAGUGAUGACAAUUUAGAGGGAGUAUCUCUGAACGAUACUAUGUCACAUGAUCAGACUACCUCACCUGAUCAUACAACAUCGCUUGACUCUAGGCUAUCAAAUGGCCAUAUGAUAGCACAUGACAUUGAUGUGCGGCAUGACCAUUCAUCAUCACAUGAUCUUACCUUAUCAAAUGUCCAAGGUGAAUUAACUGAUGAAGAAACAGUCAGAAAAGAAAAACCUGAGAAGGCCACACAGAAGAAAGUCAAGCAACGCGAAGAUGAUAAGCAUAGAAAACCUGACAAGACAGUGCAAGAAAAUGGAUUAACCAAAGACAUCAACCCCCAGAGGACCAUAGCAGAGGUAUCCGAAGAAAGUGACAACCAACUUGUGGCAUCAUCCCAUAAAUCACCAAAGAAAACAAACUCUUUCAAAACAUCUAAGUCUUCUAAAUCCUCUGAUGGGAAAAGAGAAAAAAAUAUUCAUGAGAUCAUAGACAGUGAUGAUGAUGAUGAUUAUAAUGCUGAUGCUGAUGAUGGGCUAAUUGUCUCACAUGCUAAAGGCAGAUCAUCUUCUACUAAUUAUGGAAAGUCCUCAGCAGGCCAAACUGGCACAAGGGAUUCAUGGAGCAAGAAAAAGACUCAGACCUCAGGAAAAAUGAGGAAAACUUCGAGUAGGGAUCUGGAUGACUCUGAGGAAGAAAGCGAUGACAAUGCUGUUGUUGUUACAUCGAAAAAACGAACAGAGAGCAAGCAAAAAGAUAUUGUCAGCUCAAGAUCUAGUUUCCAAAGUAGGGCAUCAUCUCCAAAGAGAGCAUCGCUGGUUGAUAGUCUUCUCAGUCCCAAACGAACCCUGCGCACAUCAGAAGAUAUACGAACGACAGGCAGAGGUUCGAUAAAUGAUGAUGAUGAUGACGAUGAUGAUGAUGAUGACAUAGUCGUUGGGUCAUGGAGAAAAAGAACAACAAAAGAACAAACCUCACCCAAGAAAGAUUCUUUGUCAAGUCUUUGGUCAGAUUCUUCGAAGCAAAAGAAAAAGAGUUCGUCAGGUUUGGGAUUCGGGUCUUUUGAGAAGUUUUCAUCGUCCAGGAAACGCAACUCUGGUCUUGAUGAACUAUUCUAACCUCAUACACUAGUACCCAAACUCUUUGCAUACAYACACCACAGGUAACCCAUAUUGAGAUAAUACAUAAUCAUUCUUGAAGGUUACUGGAAUCUUAUCCUGGUUCCUGCACUUUACAUAGCAUAAGGAAACACUAGAGUCCUUUCUAAAAAUAUUUAUUCAGAAGGCUGAACUUAAAAAAUAAUCUACAGUACAUAUCUGGUAUUUAUGUAAUAAGUAUUUAGUAUUUAUUUGUAAUAAUAUGUAUUAAAAUAACCCCUUGAAAGGCA